AUGUACCGCCAACCGUCGCCGGGGCCCUCGAGCGCAGGGCACACUACCAUGCACCACCAGCAACAGCAGCCGCACUUUGCCCCCGUAUCCAUACCAGAUAAUCUCCAGCACCAGCAGCCCGCAGAAGACUACGUCUACUUCGAACGCUCCACCUCUGGCUUCUCCUCCGAUGCCGUAGCGAGAUCGACCGCCGCGAAGCUCAAGCUCGAGUCAUACUAUAGGGUUGCUGUCGAUGCUGCCAUUGAGCGGAACGCCAGGCGCAUUGAGCUGGAGACGAGCAAGCUGUCGCAGCCGAUGUCGAAAGAUGCGAAGGACCGCGAGAUCAGGCGGUUCAGCCAGCAGGAGUCGCAGCAUCUGCGCCUGCGUAGGACGAAGAUCAAGCUCUCCGAUUUCAACACGGUCAAGGUCAUCGGGAAGGGUGCUUUUGGCGAAGUACGAUUGGUGCAGAAAGUCGACACGGGCAAGGUAUAUGCUAUGAAAUCCCUGCAGAAGGCAGAGAUGUUGAAACGAGAUCAGUUGGCACACGUACGCGCCGAGCGAGACGUGCUCGCCGAGUCGACGUCGCCGUGGGUCGUGCAACUGUUCUACUCCUUCCAAGACCCGCUGUACCUCUACCUCAUCAUGGAAUUCCUCCCCGGCGGGGAUCUUAUGACCAUGUUAAUGAAAUACGACGUGUUCUCGGAAGAUGUGACAAGAUUCUAUAUGGCAGAGUGUAUACUGGCCAUCGAGGCCGUGCACAAUCUCGGAUACAUACAUCGUGAUAUCAAGCCCGAUAACGUCCUCAUAGACAAAAACGGACACUUAAAACUCUCCGAUUUCGGUCUAUCUACGGGGCUGCACAAAGCCUCUGACGGCGAGGUCUACAAGCGCUUCCUCGAGCAGGAGAAGACGCGCGACAACGCACGGAAUAGCGUUCAGGUCAACCCCAUCAACCUGACGAUCAGCCGCGAGCAAAUCAGCACAUGGAAAGCGAAUAGGCGGAAGUUGGCAUAUUCAACCGUUGGGACGCCUGACUAUAUCGCGCCCGAGGUGUUCCUGAUGAAGGGUUACGGCAAGGAAUGCGACUGGUGGUCCCUUGGCGCGAUUUUCUUCGAAUGCCUCGUCGGGUACGCCCCGUUCUGCUCAGACAACCCCGGCGAUACGUAUAAAAAGAUAAUCGACUGGCCGAAUUAUCUGUACUUUCCUGAGGAGGUGUAUAUCUCGAGAGAGGGCGAGGACCUUAUACGAAGUUUGAUGAACUGGGCCGAGAAGCGCCUCAAUGUCAACCAGCUCAAAGUGCACCCCUUCUUCUACGGCGCCGACUGGAACUCUCUGAGAAUGAUCGAGCCACCCUUCGUCCCCCGGCUUCAAUCUAUUACGGAUACGUCGUACUUCCCGACGGACGAUCUGGGCAACUUGCCGAACGCGCUAGAGAAGGUCGAGGCGGUGGGCGCGGAGAAGGAUUUGGCAUUCCUCAACUUCACGUUCAAGCGGUCCAUACUACACUAA